AUGUCGGCUCUUCGUCGAGCUUCCAAUCCUCUCAAGUUCCGUGGAUUGAAUGUUGGAACUUCUCGUGCCUGUUGUUUUAAAUCAGAAAUAGUAUCUAGUUAUUUAGAACGCAAGGCUACCAUUUUUGAGUCUCCUCAACCUGUAUCUCAGAGGUCUCGAUUUUACCACAGCACAAAUGUUGGUUCAAAGUUCUAUUUGGAGAAGCGUGGUUUUGCUUCACAAGCUGGUGCUGAAAGCAGUGAAUCAGAUGAUGAUUUGGAGGAUGGGUUCUCUGAACUUGAAACACCAGCUAGUGGCAAUGAAAACGCAGUUGAAGAAUUGGCUGGAAAUGAAGAUCAGCUAAUUUCUGAGCCCGAGUUGUCAGAUGAUGACAACUAUGAUAUUGGAGAUCCUUCUCAAAAUGCACUAGAACUAUCAGAUAAUGAAACAGACUCAGCCGAGAAAAGAUUACUGAGGAAAAGGGCUCCUGCAGAACUGUUCAAGGCCAUCAUGGCUGCUCCUGGUGUUUCUGUUCAAAGUGUUCUUGACAAGUGGGUGGCAGAAGGAAAGGAUCUGGACAGGUCGGAGAUCUCUUCUGCCAUGGUCAAUCUUCGUAGGCGUCGAAUGUUUGGGAGGGCUCUACAGCUCUCAGAGUGGUUGGAGGCAAAUAAGCAGCAACAAGACUUUCUUGAAAGAGAUUAUGCCUCUCGCCUUGAUUUACUUGCAAAGGUGCGUGGUCUCCAGAAGGCAGAGGCUUACAUUGCGAAAAUCCCAAAAUCCUUUAAAGGGGAGCUGGUCUACCGAACCUUGCUAGCCAACUGUGUUGCAGCUAAUAAUACGAAGAAAGCAGAGGAAGUAUUCAACAAAAUGAAGGACCUGGAAUUCCCAAUCACCGCAUUUGCUUGCAACCAACUGCUGCUGCUCUACAAGAGGCUUGACAAGAAGAAAAUUGCUGAUGUGUUGUUAUUAAUGGAGAAAGAAAAUGUCAAGCCUUCUCCUUUUACUUACAAAAUCUUAAUAGACACCAAAGGCAAAUCCAAUGACAUAAUGGGGAUGGAUCAAAUUGUAGAGACAAUGAAAGCUGAAGGCAUUGAACCUGAUAUCGGAACCCAAGCUAUCAUGGCCAAGCACUAUGUAUCUGGUGGCCUCAAAGAAAAAGCUGAGGCUAUUUUGAAAGAGAUGGAAGGGGGCAACUUAGAAGAGCAUCGAUGGGCUUGCCGGUUUAUGCUUCCUCUUUAUGGUGCUCUUGGGAAGGCUGAUGAAGUGGGUAGGGUAUGGAAGUUCUGCGAGAAAAAUCCCCGACUUGAUCAAUGCAUGGCUGCCAUUGAAGCCUGGGGACAGCUGAAGAAAAUUGAUGAAGCUGAGGCAGUUUUUGAGUUGAUGUCAAAAACAUGGAAGAAGCUUUCUUCAAAGCAUUAUUCUGCACUCUUGAAGGUUUAUGCGAACAACAAGAUGCUAUCCAAGGGUAAAGAUUUGAUCAAGCGAAUGGGUGAUAAUGGGUGCCGCAUUGGCCCGAUGACAUGGGAUGCACUUAUAAAGCUUUAUGUGGAAGCAGGGGAGGUGGAAAAGGCUGACUCUAUACUGAACAAGGCUGCCCAACAGAAUCAGAUGAAGCCGAUGUUUAAUUCUUUCAUGAUUAUAAUGGACAAAUAUGCAAAGAAGGGUGACAUACAUAACGCAGAGAAAAUGUUUCACCGGAUGAGACAAGCUGGUUAUCAGGCUCGAAUGAAGCAGUUCCAUACUCUACUGCAGGCAUAUAUUAAUGCCAAGGCUCCAUGUUAUGGCAUGAGGGAGAGGCUGAAGGCAGAUGGUUUAUUCCCUAACAAGUCUUUGGCUGCGCAACUUGGUCAGGUUGAUGCAUUUAGGAGGACAGCAGUUUCGGAUUUGCUUGACUGA